AUGGUGUUUAAUUACGUAAUCACUGUAGCAAUUUCUAUUUUUGUGGCCUAAAGUCAAUUUUAUUCGCUAGAAUCGAAGUAAAACUUUUAAUUUAAGGUAUAGCUAUGUGGGUUAACCAUUAUACUUGGAUUAUUAUUAAGGGAAUGUUGAAAGUGGUAAUAUCUAUUACUUUAAUAUCAAUAAUUAUGGUAUCAAUAGCUUAACAGAUCACUUCAUAAUAGGAAGUAUUAAUUUUAUAAGAUUUAGCCUGGGUGAGGAGCUAUGGAAAUACGGAGCGGCAACUCAUAAUGCAAAUUAAUUAAAAAUCAGUCAAUGUAGUGCUUAAUUACAGGGAGCUUGAAAUCUUUACAGAUUAUUCAUAUAUUGGCCUUUUUGAUUCGAUAUACAUCUAUGAUAGCUAUUCUUGGAUAUACAUAUAUUAUAAAUAAAAUCUAGUGGAAGGAUACAAAUAAAUUUGCUCUAUUAACAUUUAUUAUGGACUUUAUCCUGAAUGCAUGGAGUUGCCUGAAGGCAAUUACUAAUAUUUCGGUUUCUAUCAAUCAACAUCAGACUUAACAUAUUAGUUCUAUGAUGACUAUAUAGGAGAGUAUUAUAAUAUUUAUUCAUUUACUGGUUAAGCUAAUUCUAUAACAGUGAAAAAAAUGUUAGCAUUAAACUCUGAUAUUUAAAUGAUAGAUUAAAUCACCAUAUUGUCUAGAGUUGAAUCAGAAGUUGUUCUAGAUUUAAGAGUUUAUGAAAGAUAUUAAACUAAGAUUUUAAAGGAUUGGAGCGAUUAUCAGCAUGUUGUACAGAUGGGAAUCUCUUUGGACUAUGAUAUGUUUGAUCCAGAAAUAAUACCAGGUAGCUAAAUGCUAUAAUUUUCAAAUCAGCAAUUUAUAUUGAUUGAGAACUUCAAAAUUGAGAAAACUCUAACAAUAGAAUUUUAAUUAUUGAAUAAUCCAAUAGAUGAAAAUUCGGCUAUAUUUACCUUUACUACAUAGAGAUAUCAAUUCGAUAUCAUGGCUAUCAGAGCUAAUUUUCUUGAUUAAGAAAUUGUUAUCUAUUAUAUACAAUAUGAAAUAUCUUUCUCCUGCUAUAUGGAUUUUGGAGAUAAAUUUAUGUUGGCGAUUGUGGAGUUGUUGGAUAUUACAAUAGUUUUAUUUAUUUAGAAUGAAGAAUUGAUCUGUUUUUAUAAUACUUCCUAAUAAUUCUGGUUGGAAGAAGUAGAUACUUUAUAUAUAGGGUCAAACAAUAGUAAUAAAUACAUAAUUAUUAGAUUUUAAUCUUUAACCAUUUUAACUAACUAGUAUUAGGAUUAGUAAUGGGUUUUACUCGCCCUACCAAUAUAUACAUAAUAAUGUUUGUUCAUACUCCAUAAAUUAAUGUUUUUUUUGUUUGAAUGUAAUCAAAAUAAGAUAAUUACUUAGGGAUAAUAUCUGUUGGAAGGGUAAUGCUACUCUUCUUGUCCGCCUUACUAUGAAGCUAAUGAGUAACGAAAAGAAUGCAUUCCUAAAUGCCAUCCCACAUGUUUGGAUUGUGAUUCAACCAAGCCUACUAUUUGUUUAAUUUGCGCUGGCAUUCGAGUUAAUGCACCGGAUUGUAAAUGCCCUCCAGGAUACUUCGAUGAUGGAAUCUCGCCAGAAUGCAUUAGUAAUGAUUAUAUCAAAUCCGAAUAGGAUAUCUACCUGAUUAAACUGUUGAAGAAGGCAUUUUUUAAUUUGAAUGUGGUUAUUAUCAAAUGGAUACGAAAUAUUAUAUUGGCUUUUCCAAAAAGUAUUAAUCUCCUCCACUUGUGGCAAUAAGUCUAUUGGGACAUAUAGACGAUUACUCUACAUUAGAGUUUUAAACUUUUGUAGAUUCAGUAUAUAACAACUAUUUUUUGUUAAGAGUUAUUUGCAAAUCUGAUUAUGCUAAUUAUAAGAUCUAGUGGGUGGCUGGUAAGAGUUAAAGAUUUUAAUCAGUUCUGUAAUCAGAUGUAUCAGGUAAUUUUUAAUCUGUUUUAAUCUCUCAUCAAUAUCAGAAUACUGUUUCAGGUGGUAUUUUAGGAUGGUGCUUGUCAUCAUUGCUUACAACUUCGAUUGAUUUGGAUUUGGAAUAUUUGAAUAUGAACAUAUUUCUAUUUAUUCCUAACUAAUAUCUAAACAUGGUGAAAUACUAAUUCUUUGAAUUCAUAGGUUACAUCUACUACUCUUUUAAUGAAAUGCUAAGUCAAACCACUUAAGGUAAAGGAUUUUCUAUUGGAGGGACUACAAUUAAUUAUAACAUCGAAGUCUAUCCACUAACCAUUCCAACCUUAUUGUCUAUCAAAAGAAUAUCAACAUCAAACUCUUAUUCUCCUCAAUAUUACAUUUAUCAAAAGAAGAGAGCAGGAUCAGUUGAAUUCAAGUUUAGAACAACUGGAAUGAAUACUAUCAAUUAUUUCACUGCUGAUCUUAUAGAAUUCACAGUCGAAUGUCUUGAUUCAUUUAAACCAUGCGAUUACUUUGAAGAAUUGUAAAAGUGCAAUCCAAUACUAACUGGUUGCUCAUGCAGUUCAAAAUAAUAUCUAGACUUAGGGAAAAAUGUCUGUGUAGAUUGUGAUCCCAAUUGUUUAACAUGUGAUAUGAAUUUUGCAAAUUGCAAAUCAUGUCCAGAAGAAUACAAAACACAGCUCAUCUAGAACCCUAUCACUUUGUAUUCUUAUUGUGGAUGUGCUACCAAUUAAUUCCAAAAUGCAAAUGGAAUAUGCGAAGAUUGUGAUUCUAAUUGUUUAACAUGUGAUAUCACUCCCAAUUAGUGUACAAGUUGUGGUCCAAAUUAAGAAGUAAAUAUAUCUCAGUAAUGUGAAUGUGUUUUUGGUUCUAUAUUAACAGAACUUGGAUGUGAAUGUAUAGUUACUCAAUAUUUUUAGUGUGUCAAUCACCUUGUAAUGAAUGUGAAACCACAGUGACUAAUUGUAUUUCUUGUCUAUACUCGGGUUAAGUGACCCCAUCGUGUUCAUGCCCUGUAGGAUAAAAGGUUGUUGAUGGAAUUUGCACUCAGUAUUGUCCCUUUUUGUGCCUAGAUUGUUCAACUCAAACUUCUUGUAACUAAUGUGUCUCUUUAUCCUCUUAUGAUCCUAUUACAAAUGCAUGUGAAUGUUAAAAUGGAUAUUACAGCAAUGGUUUAGAAUGUUUAUGUAAUAACUUAAUUGUGAUUUAGUGUGCUAAUCCCCUUGUGUAAAUUGCACCUCAUUAACAACGUGCACAUCCUGUAUCGAUCAAACCUAUUAUGUUGAUAUCACGUGUGUAUAAUGUGUAUCUCCAUGUUUGUAAUGCACUGCCUCUAACAACUGUUUUUCAUGCAUAAAUGACUCAUACUAUCUGUCAAAUAAUUUAUGCGUCUCUUGUGCACCACCUUGCUUGACUUGUUUAGAUCUUAAUUUUUGUAAAACUUGUGUUAAUGAUUCAUAUUAUUACGACGAUGCAGCACAAUUAUGCAUAGGUUCUAAUUGUUUAUUAUUUCAUUAGUAUGCUUAUCCCCUUGUUUAACUUGCGAAACAGAUACAUAUUGUAAAACCUGUGUGAGUACCUUGUUUUAUUUAUCCUCGUCUAACUCAUGUUUAAGUAUGACAAUUAUAAAUUAUUCUAUAGAUUGUGUUUCCCCUUGUUAAUCUUGUUCAUCUGAAACUCAAUGUAUUGAUUGUAUCUCUGGAUACUACAUCGAUGACAAUAUGACAUGCAUACGUAAAUUAUCAUUUUAUCUUAAGACUGCGUAUCACCAUGUACUUUGUGUUCAUCUGUGGAUUUUUGUAGUGCAUGCUUAGAUGGGUAUUUCUUAGAUGCAAAUAACACUUGUUAAGGUAACGAUAUCUAAUUACUAUCCAUUAUUAGCAUGUGUCAACCCUUGUGUUACAUGUCUAAACUCAUCAACAUAUUGUUUAUCUUGUGCGGAUCCUACAAUGACAUUAAACCUUGGGAUUUGCUCCUGUGCUUCCAAUCAAUAUUAUGAUUAAACUAAUUCUCUUUGCACAAGUAUAAAUAUUUUAUCUAACAUAUUUUAGAUUGCCACCCUACUUGUACAACUUGCAUCAAUCAAAGAGAUUGUUGCUUUGCGGCUGAAUUCAAAUUGCUUAAUAUUAGUACCAACCUUUGCGAUUGUCAAAAUGGCUAUUUUAUGUCAUCAGCAACUUGCAUAUGUAGAAUUAUCUAAAUUAUAAUAGAAUGCACUUCUCCAUGCAUUAAUUGUACUAGUUUAUCAGAUUGUACCAGUUGUGUUGAUGGUUAUUACCUAUCAAGCACUUCUUGUUUAAGUAAAUAUAGUUUUUGAUUUAAAUAGGCUGCUCAUCUCCUUGUUUAAGUUGUGUUAAUGCAUCUAACUAAUGUUAAAGUUGUGUUGGAAUUAACAUGAUUUUGACUAAUAAUGUAUGUUCAUGCCCAACUUAAUAUUACAUGAAUGCUAGUCUGACAGAUUGUCUUCAAUGUCACCCUACUUGUUUGACUUGUACUGAUUCGAGUAAUUGCUGUUUUUCUGCUGAAUACAAGUUUUUAGAUCCCAUCAAUAAUGUUUGUAAAUGCAUAGAUGGGUAUUACUUUGAUUCGAAUGGCGUUUGUUAAUGUAAUUUAAUAUUAUUAUGUUGUAAAAUAGAAUGCAAUAAAAAUUGUUUAACUUGCGAAACUAGUGCUACUAACUGUUUAAGUUGUGAUUCUAAAUUCUAAUUGGAUGUUUCAGUUUGUAAAUGUUAAGAUAGUCGUUAAUUUAUUAAUGAUUUGAAUUCAUGCGAAAGUAUUAAUUAUAUAAUAUCCUUUAGAUUGUUCAAAUAAUUGUUUAACUUGUUCAAAUGAUGCCAAUAAUUGUUUAAGUUGUGAUGAAACUAAAAAAUACCAACUUAUCAAUAAUGUUUGUUAAUGCAAGACAAAUGAGUACUUAAAUGAUAAAGGAGUUUGCACUUAAUGUCAUUCGACUUGUGCUUCCUGUGUCAACGGUACAGAUAUUGGUUGUUUGGUUUGCAUUCCUUAAAGAAAGAUGAAUCCUGAAAAUAAGUUAUGUGAAUGUGCAGUUGGAUAUUUUUAGAAUGACAAUUCCGAAUGCAUAAAAUGUAAUAGCAAAUGUGGGAAGUGUGUAAACGAUCAUGAAUGUUAAACAUGUUCUGAAAAUAGAUCAUUACAUUCAGAUGGAGUGUCAUGCAUAUGUAAUAAUGGAUACUUUGAAAAUGAGAAACAAGUUUGUCAAAGUACAUAUUCAAUUAUUAUUAUUAGAAUGUUCCCCUCCCUGUUCUAAUUGUACAAGUGCAUCAGAUUGUCUAAGUUGCAUAGAUGGUAACAUUAUAUAGUAAUCUUGAAUAGUAAAUAGAGAAGUUGUUUAGUCUAGAUGUGUAUGUUAAAAAGGAUUUUUUGAGAAUGAGUAGAAUUAAUGUGAGAGUUGUUCAAGUAUAAGAGGAAAAGUGAAUGAUAUUUGUAAUUACAUAAAUUGUGGGGACGGUGAAUUAACCAAAGGAGAAUAAUGUGAUGAUGGUAAUAAAAAUAGUAGAGAUGGUUGCACAGAUUGCAAAGUCGACUCCCUUUUUACUUGUGUUAACAAAAUGCUAUCCAGAUCUAUCUGUUUCUAAUGUGUUGCCAAUUGUUAAACAUGCUCAUUAAAAGGAUAUAAAAGUUCAUGUGAUUAAUGUUAUAAUGGCUAUUAUCUAAAGGAUAAUGAGUGUUUAAAAUGUUCAGAUAUGUGCUACACUUGCAAGGACAACAAAACAUGUCUAACUUGCAAUAUCAUAGAUGCAAAACCUGAUGAAAAAGGAAUGUGUCCAAAAUGUACAAAUGUUAAAGGAUAUUACAUUGUUAAUCGUAAAUGCAUUACAAAGUGUGGGGAUUCAAUUAUAGUCGAAGGUGAAUUAUGUGAUGAUGGAAACACUCUCGAUGGAGAUGGAUGCAAUUCCAAAUGCUAAGUGGAAAAGUACUAUACAUGUAAAGAAUCAACUUGCACUAAAAUACCACAAGCAAAGGUAGAUGCCGCUUAUACAAACUCUACUACCUCUGAUAGCAUGGCUCUAAAUUUUCCUAUCGAUUAAGGCGAUCCAUGCACCAAAAUCAAUAUUACCAUAGAUUAAUUUCUCCCAACUGACUUUUAAUCCUUCAUCAAAUAUGAAUAAAUUGAUGACAAUAACUCCAAAUGCAAUAUCGACUUUUCAUUCAACAAAACCAUUGAUCUUGGAAAUCUCAUACACAUCUUCAUCCCAGUCAAAGUUAGAACUUCUAGACGUGUACUUGAAGAAGAAACCAGAGAGAUUAUUAUUACACCAAGGAAGAAAAUUAUUUAUUCUCAAAAUCAAGUUAAAUAGGCUGAAAGUGCUAGUGAUGCCCAAUCUACUCUUGGAGAAUUGAUGUAUUUUAUAGCUCCUUCUGUCAUACUAUUAGGUGGAUUCAACUUCUUUUGGACUAUUAUGGAUAUCCUAAGUUGGAUCAACAAUCUUUAUUACAUCAAUAUCUAUUUCCCUGAAAAUGUUCGGAUGUUCUUUCAAAAAUCUGCUUGGGGAGACUUUCAAUUAUUUCCAGCAUUUUUUGUUCUAAAUGAACCCACUGAUCCUUAUUACAUUGAGAGUCCUAAGAAGUUCAUGGAAAAAGGAGUUGAUCCAAUAUUCCUCAACAACACUUGGACUUGCUUUGCCAUCAUAGCUAUUACAAUUGCCGUUCAAUUGUUUUCUUGUGUCGUAUUAUUCAUCCUAGAAUGUAUAUGGCCUCCUAUCACUUAAAAAACCUCAUCGUUCUCCAAUAAAAUCUUUCAAUUGCAUGAAACCAAAGCUUCCCCUAACAAAUUCAAUUCGAAUUUAUUUUCUAAAUAAAAAAACCAAUAGGCUCCUGUAGAACUAAUACAUCAAAUAAUUAUCAAUCCCAGAAGGAGAUUCCCAUAUCUAAUUGACAAGAUCUACUAGCCUUUACACAAGUUCAAGGUGAACUUUCUAUCCAAUUUCCUUAAGUCCCUAAACUUAGCCUUUUUAGACUUGGUAUUAGCCAUCAUACUACAAAUCACCACAGUACCUAGCAGUCUUAUGGAUUAUUAAAUUGUAUUCGCGAAUCAAAUCUUCUCCUAUGUGAGCAUCAGUGUCUGUGUCUUCAUUCUGAUUGUUUCCUAUUACGUGACAACCAAACACCAUAUGCUAUUGGAUCAUGAGAUCUUUUAGAAUUAAUAUGGCACUUUAUAUGAAAGCAUCAACACCAAAUCCAGCACUGCUAUGAUGUACUCCUUCAUCAAUCUGAACAGAAAGGCCUUAUUCGUUAUAGUAGUCGUUUACUUUUACUAUUAACCGCUACUAUAAACAGUAUUCUGUUGUUUCAUCAGCUUUUUGAACAUAGCUUUGAUCAUCUACGAAAAUCCUUUCACAUCCAACGCUGAACUGAUUUAAAAUGGAGUUCCUGACUUCUGUAUCUUUGUUUUAAUGCUCCUAUCGACAGGCUUUGCGCUUGAUGACAUAGUAACAUAUUCAUUUUAACUCUAGAUUGGUUUAUUAAGUGCGGAUCAAAGAUUUUAAAUAGGAUGGUUGAUGAUUGGAACUAUUGGGUUGUCAAUAUUCGUGUAACUCGUCUUUUUAUUGAGAGAGUUUGUAACAGAUUUGUAAGAGAAGUUCUUAAUUGUUUUUAAAAAAAUCUAGGAUUGUUUAAAGUCUAAAAAUAAAUUAUGA